AUGUCUCAUUUCGUUCGAGAAGAAAAGCGACUACCACCGCUCCCAGACACACCGAUACAGGCGCCGCUCAAGACUCUAUCCAAGUCGUCAGUGAUAGAAACCAGAUUUGAGUUCGCCAAAGACGUUGCCAGAAACGCAGAGUCGCCGGGCUGGAUCGACCCCAAGGCCGAAUCAGCCACCCGGCCGUCGGCGGCGCCGCCAAACGGAGGAUAUGGCUUUGGCGUCUUCCUCGCUCACUACCUGGCGAACCGGUCGUUUGCAGGAGCGACGAAUCUGCAGUAUGCCUUUGUCGGCUCGCUCAGCAUCAGCUCCGGCCUGCUCAUGUCGCCGAUUGCAACCAUCUGCGUCAGACGGCUGGGCACCAAGCCGACCAUGUACAUGGGCGUGAUGCUCCAGAGCGCAGGACUGGUCUGUGCCAGCUUUGCGCAAGAGGUAUGGCAGCUGUUUCUGACCCAGUCGAUCCUGUUCGGCGUCGGGCUGGGCUUCUUAUUUAUCCCGUCGGUGGGCAUCGUGCCUCAGUGGUUCUCCACGCGUCGCUCGCUGGCCAACGGCCUUGCCACGGCCGGCUCUGGCAUCGGAGGCGUGCUGUAUUCGUUUGCGGCGGGAGCCAUGAUUCGAAGCCUCGGCCUGCAAUGGGCUUUUCGGAUCCUGGGCAUCAUUGCUUUCGUGGUCAACGCCGCGAGCACGACUCUCAUCAAGGACCGCAACAAGGAAGUCGGCUCGACCCACAAGGCCUUUGACACGAACGUGCUGAAGUUGCCGGACUACCAGCUGCUCCUUGCCUUUGGCUCCUUUAGUGUGUUGGGGUAUAUUGUCUUGCUCUUCAGCCUGGCCAACUAUGCCAACCGCAUCGGACUGGGGGCGUCCGAGGCGGCGUCCAUCAGCGCAGCCUUCAACCUGGGCCAAGCAUUCGGCCGCCCCAUGAUUGGAUACUUUAGCGAUCGGACGGGACGCUUCAACAUGGCCGUCUUGAUGACCUUUCUAACCGGCGUCUUCUCGCUGGCCAUCUGGACCAGCGUCAAGAGCUUCGCGGGCCUGCUCGUCUUCGCCAUCUUGGGCGGCGCCGUGGGCGGCACCAUCUGGGCGACGAUUGCGCCCCUGACGGUCGAAGUCGUGGGUCUCGGCAGCGUCGCCUCGGCGCUCAGCAUCCUCUGGAUAACCGUCUUCACGCCCUGCACCUUCAGCGUGCCCAUCGCCCUCGAAAUCGUCAACGGCACCGGGUCGUAUCUCGGCGCGCAGCUCUUUGCCGGCUUCAUGUACGUCACUGCGGCUGUCUGCUUGGGCAUUGUCCGCGCACGCAAGAUUCGUUCGGCGCGUCGGCAGAGGCUGGCAACUCUGGAGGCAAAGGGGUUCCCGGAUGAGCCCGACGCCGCAAAGGAUUGGCUUGACGUGGAGAGCAAGAGGCAAAAGACGCCGUGGUGGAAGGGGGGAGGCAUUCACCGCUGGAAACUGGAGAGGGUUUAG